CCUUUUUUAAUUCUGCCCAGAGAUCUGAGGGAAUAAACAGCAGCAGUGAGCUGGCAAAGCAGACCAAAGUGUCUCUCUGUCGUCGCUCAAGCUGGACUAAAACUCCAAUCUCCUCGUUUACUCUCUUCCAUGCCCCCGGCCCUCUUUUAAGACCACAAGUCAAAGUGAAGAAACUUUUUCCUUUUUUUCACUGAGGGCAGUGACAUCUCUGUUCAUUCGGUGAAUUGCUUUCUCUGCGUCUCUUCUCUUUACCUCUUGUUGUGCAGAAAGAAGGAUGUCUUUCCCUUGGACAGGUAUGCUUUUGCUUAGUUUUCUGCAGCCACUGGAAACCCUGAUGAAAGAAGGAGCUGUCCCGUAUAUUGAAGAAAACUGUGUACCCUCCAGAAUGGAUGCAAAGGCUGGAGAAGAUCACUUAAAAAGACACAUCAACUCCCAAGGCAUCCUGAUGGAGUUACUUGGAGGACUGGGCAGGAUGAGAGACUCAGGACUAACUGCCAAGCAUGAAGAGCAACAGUUCUCAGAAGAACAGCUGAGGUGGAGAAGAACACGUAGAGGAACGAAAGAUGAUGAUGCCAAGUCAGUUCAGCAAUAUAUUCCAGGAGUCAAAGUAGAAUUUCCUCGACCUGCGAAACCAGCCACUUUACAGCCAACAAAGCCUCCAGCACCAUCCAGCACAGAUCCUUUUGAACCCCACCAACAGAGCCCAGCUGUCUACGGUAAUAGAGAGGCCCAGGUUAAUAGAACUGCGGCACUAGGAAAGCGUUUUCAGAUACAGAACCCUCUCUAUCCAGUGACAGAAAGCUCUUAUAGCGCUUAUGCUGUCAUGUUCCUGUCCCUCAUUGUCUUUGCUGUGGGCAUCGUUGGGAACCUCUCAGUCAUGUGCAUUGUCUGGCAUAACUACUAUAUGAAAAGUGCCUGGAAUUCCAUUUUGGCCAGUCUUGCUUUCUGGGAUUUCCUCAUCCUCUUCUUCUGCCUUCCUGUGGUCAUCUUCAAUGAAAUUACCAAGAAGAGACUGCUGGGAAACUUCUCCUGUCGCCUUGUGCCCUUCAUGGAGGUGACUUCUCUGGGAAUCACCACCUUCAGCCUCUGUGCCUUGGGUAUUGACAGAUUCCAUGCGGCUACCAGCCCUCAAGCCAAGCUCCGCCCGAUUGAACACUGCCAUUCCAUCAUUGCCAAGCUGGCUGUCAUUUGGGUGGGUUCCAUGACCCUUUCAAUCCCAGAACUCCUUCUUUGGCAGCUGGCACAGGAUACCUCACUAGUCUCUGGUGUAGUGUCUGACUACUGCACAAUGAAACCUUUUCAGGAGCUGCCCGAGUCCAUUUAUUCUCUGGUUCUCACUUAUCAGAACGCUAGGAUGUGGUGGUAUUUUGGAUGCUACUUCUGCCUGCCGAUCCUCUUUACCGUCAGCUGCCAGCUGGUCACCAGAAGGAUCAGCAGCACAGAGAAGACUGAAUGCCGUGGCAAUAAGCAUGGGCAGUGUGAGAGCCAACUCAACUGCACAGUGAUUGGCCUGACAGUAAUCUAUGGUCUCUGCACCAUUCCUGAAAAUGUCAGUAAUAUUGUUGUGGCCUAUCUGUCUCCUGACAUGACAAAACAGACCCUGGACCUAUUAAGCUUGGUCAACCAGUUCUUCCUGUUCUUCAAAUGUUCGGUUACUCCCGUGCUUCUACUAUGCCUUUGCAAACCCCUGGGGCAGGCCUUCAUGGACUGCUGCUGCUGCUGCUGUGAUGAAUGUGGUCAAGAAACUACUUCCAGUGAUGGUGGUUCUGAAAGCAAAAUCAAAACCGAGAUGUCCUCAAAUAUUUUCUUUGACAAGACCCGAGAGUCACCUCCCCCUGUAGGGGCCAUUGGCACUCCAUGCUAAGUUCAAUCAUCCUAGUGGUAGACCAACAGCAGUUCUUCCACUACCUUUUCCCAAGACCAAAAGUUGUGAUUUUCUUUUAGUAUUAAUUGGUGAAAUAGCUGAACACUGGAGGUGGGAGCUGGUGUCUAUCAUCUGCUUGCUCCAGCGCUGUCUUGUAAGAACUUAUGAACAAGGCAUCACCAAUAGCUAUCUCUUCUCUGCUGAACAGUUAUCAAGGGUGCCAUUGACUCCCCUGAUCUACCACGACUAGAAAGGCUGCUGUUCUGAAUGCGAAAGAUGCUGUGGAAAGGCCCACUUGCAACCCUUUCAAGAAUGGAGAAAUCACCUGUUUUAAAAGAGUUCAUAGUACACACUAACCUAUUCUGCACUGAUGCAGGACCUUACUGUCCUCUUCUUCAUGUCUGCCCCAGAGACAGCCUUGUAUACAAAGUCAGCACUAUCCUAGCCUCAAUAAACCAGUAGACUAAGUAGAAAAA